CAAAAAAAGCUCAAAAAAAUUUUUAAAAACUUAUUCAAAGUUUAGGAUACUUUUUGCCGCGAAAUGAGUGGCCGUCGCGCGACACCUAAGGGAAAGCCUACGGUAGUGAACAGCGUGUUGAGAGCAUCCCUGUCCAGACACCGUAAAAGUAUGGACCUAUUCAAGGCCUGCCUAUAUUAUAUCGAGGGUCUCAUGCAAGCCGACUACCAGGCCCUGGCGGGUGUGGGCGCCUGUAUGCGCGCGUUCAUGACUGGCCGGCAAAUACCUAUUUCGGAGGCCUCCGGGCCGCCCACCACUGAGACGGCGAUAUAUAGCGCUAUCAUACUUACGGCCCACGUGUUGGACACAAUAGUGAAGCCGGGGGACGGCCUACUCAACGCCUACAGCGGACCAGACGUGACGGCUCUGCGCGAAGCCAUCGCCGCCUACAAGGCCUACCUCGAGGCCAACCCUCCGGCCUUUCCCGGUGCCGCUCAACCACCAAAUCAUUCAAUGGCAACAUAA